GUGCCGUGACGUGCUGCACAUAUUUCAAACUGUAAUAUGUUUUGGGUUGACCUUCACGUGUCCUCUCAGGCCCAGUACUACGGGGUGAUCAGUAUCGGAACUCCUCCCCAGGACUUCACCGUGCUGUUUGACACCGGCUCCUCCAACCUCUGGGUCCCCUCCAUCCACUGCUCCUUCUUUGACAUAGCCUGCUGGGUCCAUCACAAGUACAACUCCAAGAAGUCGAGCACGUACGCUCAGAACGGCACCACGUUCUCCAUCCAGUACGGCAGAGGCAGCUUGUCUGGUUUCAUCAGUGGGGACACGGUCUCCAUUGCAGGCCUGUCUGUGACCGGUCAGCAGUUCGGUGAAGCUGUGAAGCAGCCCGGCAUCACCUUUGCCGUUGCCCGGUUUGACGGGGUCCUGGGGAUGGCGUACCCUUCCAUUUCAGUAGCUAAAGUCACCCCGGUGUUUGACACGGCCAUGGCUGCCAAGCUGCUGCCUCAGAACCUUUUCUCUGUUUAUAUAAGCAGAGACCCGGCAGCAGCACUGGGAGGAGAGCUGGUUCUGGGUGGGAUCGACCCAGAGUACUACACCGGAGACCUGCAUUAUUUUAACGUGACAAGGAAGGCCUACUGGCAGAUCAGUAUGGACAGAGUCGAUGUUGGAAACCAGCUGACUCUCUGCAAAGCCGGUUGCCAGGCGAUCGUUGACACGGGAACAUCCCUGAUGGUCGGCCCGGCAGCUGAAAUCAAAGCGCUCCACAAAGCCAUCGGCGCUCUGCCCCUGGUCAUGGGAGAGUACUUCGUUAACUGCAGCAAGAUCCCGUCUCUUCCUGUCGUGUCCUUCAACAUCGGAGGGAAGAUGUUUAACCUGACGGGAGAGGAUUAUAUCCUGAAGGAGACUCAGAUGGGCGUGCCCAUCUGUCUGUCCGGCUUCAUGGCCAUGGACAUCCCACCUCCUGCUGGGCCGCUCUGGAUUCUGGGAGAUGUAUUCAUUGGGAAGUACUACACCGUGUUCGACAGGAGUGCUGAUCGAGUUGGGUUUGCCGCUGCCAAGUCGUAAAAUUGGACAUUACAAAAAAAAAAAUCAAAACGUGCUGCAGUUCUCCUUCCACGCAGUAAUUAGACGUAAAGUAGUUCCUUCAUUGCAAGAACUGCUGCCGUCUCUCUGCUCUCUCAGCUUCAAGAAGCUGGUUUAUAAAUUAAUAUGAAAAGUUAUACGAAUAUUAAAUAUGAGGGGUGUUGAUGUGCUCUGCUACUGAUCAGAUUGUUUUAUUUCUUUUUGUUGCACUUUUAUGUGAAGCUGUUUUAUGUAAUUGAAGUUUAACAUUUGAUACGGCAGAUUGUAGCUUUGCAUUUUGGAAUGAAGAAUCAACAAGCAUGCCUUUCGUUUAAAGGAAAAGUUUAGACAGUUUGAAGUGGGACUCCACUAAACAAAUUGAGUAAUAAUUAUCUUACCUGUUGCAGAUAACCACUUUUGUUUGGAGAAAUAGUUUAUUUCCUACCAGACUGACGAGCUAACAGCUAAACCAGACAUGACCAAGACUAAAGUACUCAUACGUUAACUUCAGAUUAAAUUAAUAAAAGUGAUAUUACUCCAGGAAGUACAGCUAGCUGCCUCUACUGUACCUGCUUACAAAUAGAAUCUAUGUGAAUUAACUCUAGAAUCGCCUAUCACCUUUGUAGAUCAGUUUUAAACGUAAAUCUCGUGCAGUUGAACAAUUUCUCCAAACUGAAGACAUAUCUGAGACAGGUAAGAUAUUUAUUGUUCAUAACUUUUUUUUUUAUAUAUACAGAAGUCCACUUCAUGUCUGAACUAGCACUUAAAAUGAACCUCUGUUUUAGUUUUUAGUAAGUUUUAAAAUCACUGCAGCUGAUUUUCUAUUUAAAACAAAACAAAUCAUGUUUGUCUUAGCAUGCUAACACAAACUUAUGACCACAAUCUGAAUAAAACUCAAUAAAACCA